CCCAUACACACAGAGGCGGUGUUGUCGUUAUUACUGACGGACGUGUUGAGUGCUGUGUCACGAGUGGCUCUGCCUCGCCUGGGUCAGCGACAGCGAAAAUCGUCCAAAACCCUCGUGCUGCUGAGCAAUGGGGGCUGCCGCGCCUGGAGAUGGAACGGCGCGCGCUCGGCUUGAAGCCUGAGAAUCGCGCGGGUGUCAAUAAAGUUUCGUUGAACGCGCCGCCUGGGCCCGGCUCGGAGGGCUCAGGCCUUCGUGUGCAUAAUUUAAUUCUCAUUUUAAAUUUUCUUUAUCACACCGAGUCCUAAGUUAACAGCAUGAGACGAGGCGAGUGAACACGAGGCGAUGUUUGUAGCUUCUGCUGUCUGAUCGUUGAAUUGUUUCAAGACGUGGAGACUGGAAACUAUUUCGACAUACGGUGGCGUCUCGCCGUAUGAAUUUGUGUCGAACUACGUAGGACCCCAUGGCGUAAAGAGGUGGUCCUUGCCUGAGGCGUUGUUUGUGACCAGUGAGCUGAGGGUUGGAUGACUGACUACCAUACAGAGGCUAUGUCGGAGCCAGCCACACCACCCGGCAUGGAGCCAGUGGGGGAGCUGCAGGGUGUCGGCAAUAUGACUGCCGAACAACCGGUCCCGGAGCCUCUCCCUGUCGCCGACCCCCCUGCCGGCAAUUCCACCACCGAUCACGCGAUGCCUCUGUUGGAGUCAUCCCACCCUGUUUCUUCAGGCCACGUGCUUACCCCAGCUGCCGCCCCAGUUCCAUCAGGUUCCAGCCACCCACCUGCCAAGCUCCUGGCUCAGCCCCAGAGCUCCAAGCGCCCAGCCUCGCAGCCACUUAACCUCAUUCCCAAGCGCCGCAGCUCCUCGCGUUCAAUAAAGCGUAAGAAGUUCGACGACGAGCUGGUGGAGAGCAGCCUGGCUAAGACGAGCCGCAUGAAGGGCGCGCCCCCAACUCCGAUGGCACCUGGCGGCGCGGUGGGCGUGGAGCCGGGGCGACCUCUCAUGCCAAGCGUGGAGCAGCUCGCCCCAGAGAAGAAGAAGGUGUCCAAGUCUUCGUCCUCCAAACGUGUCAAGAAGUCGAAGCAGCUGGUGCAGGUGGCCAAGGACCUUGGCCGGUGGAAACCUUCGGACGAUCUGCUGCUCAUCAACGGUGUGCUGCAGGACUACGACUACGAGUCGGAUGAGGAGAGCUCCUCCAGCUCAGAAGAGGAUGACAGCGAAGCGCAAGAGAACUUUGGGCGGCCGCCGCGUGUGGACGGCGUCAGUGACGAUAGCAAUUCCUCGGCGCCCGACAGUGGCGACUCCUCCAGCUCGGACUCCGAAGAGAGCCCAGAGGGGGAGUCGCACAGCCUGAAGCGGAACAUGGAGGCCGCUCGUUGGAACGAGAUUCUGCGCGUCCUGCACGUCAUGCACUUCCGGCAGGAACGUCUCAUCGCCAAGAUCAACUCCCUGCAGAAGCAGCUGAAGAAGCUAAAGAAGAAGCGCACGCGGGGCCCCGAGCCGCUCUACCGCCCCUACCAGUGGCCCUUCGUCAUCCCCAGGAAGCGGAAAAAGCACGGCUACAACGAGCGGCGAAAUUACGUCGAACGCCAGCUCCCGGCACGCCACCUUUCCGCCGUGCACUCUGCCUCUGGCCGAAACGUACCGCCCAGGGCGGCUCACCCUCGCCAGCACGCGCCUCUUGCCGGCCCUCCCGGUCGGGCGGCCUCCUUCGAGACGGCGGCUAACGAAGAGGAGCACGUGGGAGCGGCGGUAGCGAUGGGCCCGGACGAAAUGGGCUUCCCCCAGACCAACUCGGCGACCAGCCCGACCCGGCCCGACAUCCCGCCUUCGCACUGCCACGUGGAGGAGUCGCUGAGGCCGGCUCUCGGCGGCCUGGGCAUCCGUGUGAAGUCCGAGAACCUGCAGGAGUGCCCCCACACCAUCGAUCAGAACGGGCAGAUCGUGCAGGCGCCGGCGAUGACGCACAGCCGCCCGGCGUCCGUGGGCAGCGGCGAGGUGCUCAUGAUCCCCAGCCACAGCCCUCUGUCGGACGGCUACCGCGCUCGCGAGGACCAGGUGCCGCACUUCGCCGACGUGUCGCCCGACUCGCAGCUGGGCCACGCCGGCGUGCAGGGCGGCGGCCACCACUCGUACAGCAGCGGCUCCCCGUCGCCCGCCUCCCCGCAGUUCCUGCCCACGUCGGGGACGCCGCAGAUAAUGGAGAUCUACAGCGGGCUGGAGCCCGCCGCGAUGGCCGGCGGCGGGCAGCCCAAGUCGCCGUACCUUUCCGAGUACCAGAUGUCGUUUCCCAUGCGCUCGCCCAGCAAGGUGGGCUUCCGCGUGGCCAAUUACAGCGGCUCGCUCGUGUACAUCGGCGGCGCGGACUCGUCGCUCACGGUGUCCAAGUGCGCGCUGGAGCAGUGUCUCUCGAGCGCGCCUGACCCACGCAAGUUCCUGGGGAAGCUCGCCGACAAGGUUUUCACUCGCGAGGAGAUGGCCACGUCCAACGUGAAGGGCGGACUCGCCUACACCAAGGGCGUCUACAAGCCCUACAAUCAGCUAGACCCCGUGAAGGUGAACGCCAUCCUGGAUGAGGUGGAAAAGUGGUUCCCGGGCUGCAGGGACAGCAAGAAGAUGAACUCAGAUCUGCUGAGAACCCUCAACAAGAAGUGCAGCAACGUGCGGCUCGCCUCCAUGCAGCAACUGAUGCCGGACGGGCUGGUCUUCAGGGAAAAAGAGGAAAUGGAUUUUAACUAGCGAGCUGACGCUCCCAUCUCUUUCCCCGAUCGUCAUCUCCCAGAGAGAAAUCAACGCGUGGGAUGGCUCGCCGUGGACGCGACGUUUACGUUAAAAUUGGGAAGAAACACUCAAGUGCCAUCGGUGGAUGAAGGACAGCGAAGCGAGAGCGUUCAUAAUGCACUUGCUUAGCCGGACUGCCUUUUUGCUUGGCUUGCUUUUGUGAUAGUUACAGCCGGUGAUGGCCAUCGGCUCAAUCUGCUUUCAGUUGCACAGGAACCUUUUUAACUCAAUCCUUAGUGGAGUCUCCGCGGUGGUUGUUUUUGAGCGUUGGUCAGCGGCGGUUGUCAGCGGCGUAUUGUCGCGAAUUGUGGAGCACUGCACAAGCAGUAUCAACUGAAAACAAAUCUUUGGAAUAUAUUUUGUUCUUUGUGAAUUCUGACAGCAUCGUCUCCCGGACGUGCUGGGUCUGGGUCAUGUUGGGGAUUUUUCUCUUCUACCUUGUACACCAUCGUAAUGGUGCCUGCAUUGACCAAGUUGACUGUCUCACCUAGGGGUGCACAAAAUUACGGCUGUUGCAAAUGUAGCAUUGUUUAACCAUGGUAUCGCUCUGUUUAUUUCUUUUAAAAAAAUCUCAACAUUGUUUUGUACUAUUCCCAAAUGACUUUGCUGUAAUAAAGAAUACAGUAAAGUCCUGCAGAAAUAAAUGCUGUCUGCUUCAA